AUGGAGGACUUAUCAGCAAAUAAGAGUGCCAUUCAAAGUUCAACAGCUCUGUGCUUCCUUCCCUGUACUGCUACAUUUGCAGUGGAUGGAAACUUACAAACAUGUAUGAAGACAAGUGAAAUCGGUACUUUUGCUAAAUCAAAAUCAGUUUGGUGGUAUGUAGACCUUGGAGACAUAAACAGCAUAUACAGUAUCAGGAUACAGUUCAGCGAUUAUGGUACAGACGAUAUAACAGUAGUUAUGAGACAACGAGGUCGUUUUGCCGGUUUCUCCCUUUAUGUGUCCAAUUCAACUAAUAAAGAAAAUGGAUAUCGAUGUUACCGAGACGGACCAGGUUUACCUCCCUUGGAUUUCAACACUACAUGUGUAAUACAAGGGCGUUUUGUAAUAUUUUACAACGAAAGAUUGGAUGGAAUAACAUACCCUACAGGAUACCAAACUUCAAACGUUUACACUGAACUGUGUGAAGUAACGGUUACAGGUUGUAAGAAUCCUAGCGUUUAUGGAUAUGACUGUAAUCUCCCAUGUCCAGAAAAUUGUCAAGAACGAAGAUGUUACAUUGUGAGUGGAACCUGUCUAGGAUGUACAGCUGGGUGGAUAGGAGAAUUCUGUAAUAAUUUUAAGAUUUUUGCCUGUCCUGCUGGAUAUUACGGUCUGGAGUGCAGGACACCGUGUACUGGACAUUGUAGAUACAAUAAGGCUUGUAAUCAUAGCACUGGAGUGUGUGAUGAAGGAUGUGCUGAUGGAUGGACAGGGAUUGAAUGCAGCAAAAAAUGUCCAGCAGAAACGUAUGGUCCUGAUUGUAAGUACAGCUGUAGUGGACACUGUUUAAAUGGCGUUCCCUGUAACGUAACAUCGGGAAGUUGUAAUUUUGGCUGUAAACCUGGAUAUGCCGGGGAGCAUUGUGAUAAAGCUUGUUCUAUUGGAUCCUAUGGAUUGAAUUGUAAAGAACAAUGUAGUAACCACUGCCGACACGGAAUAAACUAUUGUAACCACGAAGAUGGACAUUGUGAAACUGGAUGUCAAGAUGGAUUUAUAGGACGUAAAUGUAAUAAGACUUGUGAUGAAGGCUGGUAUGGAGAAAACUGCUCUCUACCCUGCAGUAGGAACUGUGUUAAACAGUCAUGUCAUCACAUACAAGGCAACUGCUUAUAUAGAUGUGAACCUGGGUGGAUGGGUUUGAAAUGCAACCAAGGAUGUUCAGGAGGGACAUAUGGUAAAGAUUGUCUACGUCGCUGCAGCAGUCACUGUAUGAACAGCACGACUUGUAAUUCAGUCAAUGGAUCGUGUACUGAAGGUUGUGCACCUGGAUAUUAUGGAAAUUUGUGUAUCAAGCCUUAA